AUGGUAGAAAAUGAUGAGAAUGAAGAUAACAAGCAUUAUGAUCAUGAUAGUGAUAAUGAUGAGGAUGAUAAUAAUAUAUAUAAGGAUGAAAUAGAAGAUACAAUAGAAAAUAUUGAUGAGGAUGUGUAUGAUUGCAAUGAUGAUAAUGAUACAGAUAAGAAUGAAAUAGAUGAUACAGUGGAAAAUAAUUUUGGAGAAGAUGAUCAUAAUAAGAAUGAUGAAGAAGAAGACAUGGAUGUAGAACUUGUUUAG